CCUGGACAUGAGCAGCAGCUGCCCUCUUCCUCGCUGGGACCAGCGUCCCUACCUAAAUGGUCUCCACUGGCCCGACGGCCUCAGCGAAUUGAUCCCCUCCCUCAGGGUUACAUGGGCCAACUUUGUGAAUUGUUCACAGCCGACCACCAACACUAGUGACUACAGACCGGUGGAUUGUCUGAGCACCGGCACUUCUUUCGUCUAUGUGCUGAUCGACUCUUAUCAUGUUGAGAAGCUUAAGCCUUCUUGCGGGUACUUGGCCAUGGCUGCUUUGGGUGAUCAGAGCAUGCGAUAUGAUAACGCAAGCCACGAAACUUUGGUACGGUCCCUCAGAGGAGGAUUUCCUGUUUUCUUUCCUUUUUACGGGCCUGGGAGCUUCACGGGCUGCCUGAAGGAUCUGAUUGUCCCAGACCCUGGAGAGUCGGUGGCUCAUCUUCUCAUACAUUGGCUUAUGGUCAUUCUUACGGUUGAUUCUCAAAUCCUGUAUUGUGCAUUUGGAGCAGAUAAUUUGCGUUCCACUGAACACCUUCACUCAGUACGCUCUGCGAUAGUAUUCUCCCCGUCAAUAUUGAAGUUCAUUGCUGGAGUAUGCAGGUUCGUGAUUGCUCCCCUGGUGGUACUGUUCUUCCUGGCCCACAAAUAUUGGAAAACAAGGAUCACAAUCGACGCAGUCGAGAAGUUCCUACAAAUGCAGCAAAUGAUCGGCCCGGUAAGGUAUGCCUACACAGAUAUUGUUGCGGUCACAAGACAUUUCAGAGACAAGCUGGGUCAGGGAGGCUAUGGCUCCGUUUACAAGGGCAUUCUGCUCCCAGGCGAUGUUCAUGUGGCCAUCAAGAUGCUGGAUGGUAAAUCCUGCUGCGAUGGAGAAGAUUUCAUCAGUGAGGUCUCCACCAUUGGCAGGAUCCACCACGUUAAUGUGGUCCGUCUGGUCGGGUUCUGCUCGGAAGAAAUGAGGAGGGCGCUAGUCUACGAGUAUAUGCCCCAUGGUUCUCUUGAUAAGUACAUCUUCUCGGUCGAGAAGAGUUUCUCCUGGGACAAGCUCAAUGAAAUUGCCUUGGGCAUUGCUAGAGGGAUUAACUACCUGCAUCAAGGAUGCGACAUGCAGAUUCUACACUUUGAUAUCAAGCCGCACAACAUCCUUCUUGACACCAAUUUUGUCCCAAAAAUUGCUGAUUUUGGCCUUGCCAAGCUAUACCCAAGGGACAACAGUUUUGUGCCGUUGAGCGCCCUACGGGGAACAAUCGGAUACAUAGCUCCUGAGAUGAUAUCCCGAAGCUUUGGCGUCAUAUCCAGCAAGUCUGAUGUUUACAGCUUCGGGAUGCUGCUGUUGGAGAUGGCUGGAGGACGCAGGAACGCAGACCCGAAUGCGGCAAACUCAAGCCAGGCAUUCUACCCAUCGUGGGUGUAUGACCGGCUAACUAAACAUGAACCGGGUGAGAUAUCUGCUGAGAUGCAUGAAUUGGAGAGGAAGCUGUGCCUUGUUGGUCUGUGUUGCAUCCAGAUGAAGUCCCACGAUCGGCCAGAGAUGAGCGAAGUCAUAGAGAUGCUCGAAGGGAGCGUUGAUAGCGUGCAGGUGCCUUCAAGGCCAUUCUUCUGUGACGAUGAGCACAGCCCUGUAGUGGAGCCUUACCAUUUCCUCUCUGAGCUGACUACCAUUUCGGAGGAGGGCGAGUGA